CUUCAUCCUGCCCAGCUUUAGUGCUUCUCUUUUUUUCCCCCUUCCUCUCUCAAUCGAAGGAGAAGACUUGGAGAGGCCGGCUCGGUCUUAACAAGAUUCUUCCAGACUGAAUGCACUCAAAAUAACGUGAAAGAAAACGUAACCAGGAAACGGGGCUGUGUGUGUGCACAGAGUCCAUCUGGAAACGGAUGAUAGGGAGAUGUGAAGCUCUUUAGUUGUUGCAGUGCCGGAGUAGUCAACAGUAACCGGGAAAGAUGGCGAGGACACGGGCUCGCAUGUUCCUUGUCUUGGCUGUAGUUGGAAUUUUCUGUCUCGAUGUCUCGGUCAGAGGAGAGCUGCAGGGAGAGCAACAGGAGGAGGAGGAGAGGUCCUGCCAGGGCGCCUUCGACCUCUAUUUUGUUCUGGACAAGUCUGGGAGCGUAAAGCAUCAUUGGAUAGAGAUCUACUCCUUUGUGGAGCAGCUGGCAGAAAAGUUUAUUAGCCCUAUGUUGAGAAUGUCCUUCAUAGUCUUCUCAACACAAGGAAAAAUCAUCAUGAAACUGACCGAGAACAGGGAGGACAUCACUGGAGGCUUAAUGGCUCUGAGGAAGGUUAUCCCUGGUGGAGACACGUAUAUGAACUUAGGCCUGGAGAUGGCUAAUGCACAGAUCUAUAAAGAGAAACAAGGGACUGCCAGCGUCAUCAUCGCCUUAACUGACGGAGAGCUGAAUGAGUGGCAGUUUGACACAGCACAGAGAGAGGCACAGAGGGCCAGAUCUAUGGGAGCUAUUGUUUAUUGUGUAGGAGUCAAAGAAUUCAACCAGACCCAGCUUGCAACUAUUGCAGACACAGUGGAACAUGUGUUUCCUGUAUGGGGAGGCUUCCAAGCCCUCAGGGGAAUCAUUGACUCAAUCAUUAAGAAGUCCUGCAUUGAGAUUCUGGCAGCAGAGCCGUCCAGUGUGUGUGCAGGAGAGAGUUUCCAGGUGGUUGUGAGAGGUAAUGGCUUUCUCCAUGCAAGAAACAUCAACCAGGUCCUCUGCAGCUUCAAAUUAAAUGACACACAUACUGUGGAUGAGAGACCAGCUGGAAUAGAGGACACCUUUCUGCUGUGCCCUGCUCCUGUGGUAAAGGAAGUGGGGAAAGUGAUCUACCUGCAGGUGAGCAUGAACGAAGGCCUCUCCUAUAUCACCAGCUCUGUUCACAUCACUACUACUGAAUGUUUUGACGGCACCAUCGUGUUGAUAUCCUUGCUCGUGGUAUUCCUGCUGUUGGCUCUGCUGCUGAUGUGGUGGUUCUGGCCUCUCUGCUGCACUGUGGUGAUCAAAGAGCCUCCACCACCUCCUCCUCCAGAGCCUGAGUCAGAUGAUGAUGAUGGUUUACCCAAGAAAAAGUGGCCCACAGUGGAUGCUUCAUAUUAUGGAGGAAGAGGAGUAGGUGGCAUCAAGCGCAUGGAGGUGCGAUGGGGGGAGAAAGGAUCCACAGAGGAAGGUGCGAAGCUGGACAAACCUAAAAAUGCUGUUGUGAAGAUGCCGGAGCAGGAAUUUGAACCCUAUGAGCCCAAGCCCCGAAAGCCUCCCCGUCGACCCCCACAGCAGAGGAGGUGGUACACCCCCAUUCAGGGGAAACUAGACGCUAUCUGGGCUCUGCUCAGGAGAGGCUAUGACCAGGUAUCUCUGAUGAGACCGCAGCCUGGAGACGAGGGCCGCUGUAUUCGCUUUCAGCGCGUCAAAGAUGGAGAGUCCACCCCAAACAACCGGGCCCCUCCUCGUGCACAUUGCUCUCCCUCGGCUCCGCCCGCUCCUCCAGUUUUUGAACAGCAACCUCUGGUGUCUUACUCCGUUCCCCGCACGAAGCCUCCGUCAAGGGGGCCCCGUACCACACCACCCUCAUGCACCACACCACCUGCAAGGGCACCCCCAUCCAUGGUACGACCACCUCCGUGUCCACCCCCAACUCGCACACCCCCGGGUCCACCAGGACCCCCGCCUUCUCGACCCCCACCCAGGCUCUAAUGAUAAAUAGAGAGCCCACGAUAAAGAGCUGAUAGGUCAGCCGAUUCCAUUAAAAAAAAAAACAAAAAAAACAUGUCCUCUCUUCACUCUGAUGACUCAUAGGCAGCAGAAAGGCUUCAAAUCUUACAAGCCAGGAGCUCAAACUUGAAGCUCUGUGCUUUGUUGCUGGACAGCAAAAUGUAUUUAUCUGAUUUUAAAAUCAGCUACUGACUUUCAAGUUUCUUUUUUUUUUAUACAAAAAAGGGGGUAAACAUUUUAGAAAAAAAAAACAAAAAACAAAACAAGCAUGUAGUUAAAGAUUAAGUCUGUAUGUCCAGUCUUAGAUGCAAUGGUGAACUAAAUGGUUUAGAGUAAGUGCAAUCCAGUAAAAAAAGGGGUUUCUUGUGUGUGGCUGAAAGUUGGCUCAUGACAGUUUGUGCUGGUAAAUACAAAGGGAAAGAAUGCUGAGCGAGGGAGUGGUCUGAAAUUUUGCAUUUUUUAUUUUCUGGGUGUCUACAAAAAUCACCCCGAUUCAUCGUUUAACUUUUCAAACAAAAGCUCUUUCUUAAAGUUUAAACGUUCAGUGAUCCUAUUGAAACUGCAGGGCAGUUACACCGCAUUUUAUUUAUUAGAAUACAGGCCCUGUCUGCAUAUGCUCUCUUUAGUAUCAGAUACUUUCCUGGGUUUUUUCUUUAAAGGGCAAGGGGCAUCUGGGUGGCUUUUAGGAAGUACUGUGGCAUGGCAUCUGAUGUAUUUGUCUUCUUAUCAACACCACUGAACAAUUGUAUCUUCAGGGUUCUCUUGUAUAUCAUUUGCAUUAUUUCAUUAUUAACAACUUUGAAUGUCUGUCUUUAAUAAAAAUGUUUUUUUUAAAUCUC